CCUGACGUUUUAAAACUGUUGCUCAGACCUUGUGCUGUCAGUGCGCCACUGGAGCUUUCUUUGGAGACACUUGCAAGCAGAAAAAAAUUGAAAAAAUAAUAGUCUAAUAAUAAUAAAAAUGAAGCGAAGCCACAAUUACAGCUCAUCGGACAGCGACCUGGACGACAACGUCGAAGUGGAGAAGGACAGCGGAGAUGAAAACGGUCAGCUUGACUCUCACGGAUCGAUGUCACCUUCCACGACCACGCAAGUUCAAGCCAGGAAGAGGCGCAGAGGGAUUAUUGAGAAAAGGAGGCGUGAUCGCAUCAAUAACAGUCUGUCAGAGUUGAGGAGAUUGGUGCCAAGUGCGUUUGAAAAACAGGGAUCAGCUAAACUGGAAAAAGCAGAAAUAUUGCAGAUGACAGUGGACCAUCUAAAGAUGCUUCAUGCCUCUGGUGGCAAAGGUUUCUUUGAGGCUCAUGCUCUUGCUAAGGAUUACCGCAGCCUGGGCUUCAGGGAGUGCCUGGCAGAGACGGCUCGCUACCUGAGCAUCAUCGAGGGUCGGGACAGUACGGACUCCCUCCGUGUUCGCUUGGUGUCCCACCUCAGCAACUACGCCUCUCAGAGGGAGGCGCACACUGGACUGGAACACUUAGCCUGGGGCUCUGCCUACGGGACUGCCCCUGCCCACCUCCCCCACCCGCUCCUUCUACAGCACCCCCAGGGCAGGACACCUGCAUCCAGAAGCAACAGCAGCCCACCCUCCUCCUCUUCUUCCUCUUCGUCGUCAUCCUCCUCCUCCUCCUCCUCCUCCACUGAGACGUCUGGGACAUCCAGACUCGGCGUCAUGCCCCCCACGGAGUCCCUCAGGGUUCCUCCCAAUUCCUCACUGCCCCUCAGUCUGCCCGUGCCAACCUCCAAGCUUUCACCACCGCUCGUCUCAUCUCUCUCUUCGCUUGCGGCCUUCCCACUCUCAUUUGGUGCGUUUCCCCUGGUCUCCCCUACAGCCAUGAGCACGGUGAGUCCCUCCUCCACCCUGUCAAAGCCUUACAGGCCUUGGGGCUUGGAGAUUGGGGCCUUCUGAAGCUAACCACUGGACUGAAGGCAACAGCUGAGCUGUGCCCACCACCACAGGAAAAAAAAAAAAAAACUAGGCGGGACAGCCUGAUUCGACUGUCUUUUUUUUAAGCAAUAAAACACAAGAGAACAAGGCAAUCUGAUUUAAGCUUAUCAAGCAAAACGAAUAAGUGAGAGGUAAUGAAUUCUCAAUGAUUUUAUGUUAUGAAACUAAUUUAGCUAGCACGCACUGCCUCCAGGUUGAGGACUGAUACAAUGAUGUGAUGAAUGGGCCAUGAAUAAAUUUACUGUAAGCACAAAGCUACAACUUUCACAUUUGUCAAGCACAUACGGAUUAGACUUAUUGUAGAGUUAUCUUAUUGGGUCCGGUUUGUUGGAGAAAUCAGACCUGUGUGGAAAUGAAUAUACAUAUCAUGUGUUCCUCUGUUGGAAAACUAACCACUGGACAAUUGGAAACUUGCAUUCUUUUAUGUAUUUGUAAUAUUUUUGUACAAAUAAAUUGAGUCUAGAGGUAUAAAA